AUGUCUUCUGGUGAGAGUGUCCUGCUCACUGAUCUUCCAGACCUAUCUCCCAACAGUUCUCCCGGUAAUUCUGACACCGAAAACAAAAAUGAUGUCCCCCCUACCUCUGACUCUGAGAUGCCUUGUGACAACAGAGCUGGUAUUUCACAGGGGGAAAAAUCCAAUUUCAUAGGUGCCCAGCCCUAUAUCAUACAUAAGGACAAAGGUCCUGUCCUACGCUCGCCCCGCUCGUUGAAAAAAGACACUACAUACACUCCUUAUUCUCGCACUUGGAAGACUUAUAAUGGACCAAUUCGAAAGAAAUUACCCUCUCCUAUCACAAAGAUUGCUACAAAGAUCAAACCUAUAGGGUCUUCUGUACCAAAACACUUCUCCCAACAUGCGGUAGAAGAACUUACGAAGAGCUUGUCUUUCAUGCUCCCUGAUAAGGAUGACCUUACUCCCGACAAUGUUCAGAAGGCCUUUGAAAUUCAGACAGCCAAGAGAGAGAAAUUACGGUGCAAAGUCCAGUUCAGUGCUUGGAAUAUCAAGCUCUCGUCAGGAAUGAUGGGCCUCCAUCAAAAUAUAUUAAACGCCAGCCACACAAACCUCAUAAAAGUUGAUAAGGAGGUUUUAGUGCCCAAAGGUUUUAUGGAUGAGAAUGGCAUGAGCUAUGCAGAUCCAGAUGACGACCCUCAUGCAGGCAUUAGUCCUGGAUCCCUUUAUGGUGACAAUGGGUGGAGCUCUGAUGGCAUUCCAGACAAUUAUAACUCUGAUACCAUUCCAUCCAACGAGUAUAAUUCGGAGUAUGAAGAUGAGAAGAAUGCUAUGGUCAGUCCUUGUCCUCAGAUUCUCGUACUCAUUGUUACGAUAACACAAUUUCCGGACAUCUCCUUUCCUUUUUAUUCUCCGCUUUAA